AGAGAGCAGCGCGAGGGUGGCUGCCGCCGGCCGCCGACACUCGCUGAUAGUAACAUAGUAGUAACCAUAGCAACUGUCUCUCUGCCCCGCUCGCCCAUGGUGGACACCAGCCUCAACUCGUUGUACAGGCUGUUGGGCUGCUGCUGGUACUCGUGGCAGGGCCCGUGGUGGGUUGGCCGCCGCGGCGAGCCACGAGCAGACCCAGCAGGUGCCGAGGAGCAACUGAUGGAGGCGACCCAGGUACCGGGGGUGCUAUGCCGCGAGAUCAUGCCCGAUUCGUGCACCGGAGCAGACAGCAGCCGGGCCAACCUCGAACAGCCGGUUCGGUACGAGCCGCUGGGCGAGGAGCAUGGAGACGAGGUCAUGCAGCUUUUGCUGCACUCGUUUUUCCGCGAGGAGCCGCUUGGAAUAGCCGCCGGGGUGCGCACCCCUGAGGACGUGCAUCACUGGCUGCCGGCCUUCGUGCGGCCCAUCGCACGGGCCGGCCUCUCAUCGGUGGCCGUCGAGGCCGAGAGUGGCCGGGUGGUGGGAGUCGCCUUGUGUCACCUCGUUGAAGGCCACUCACACGAUUCACCCCUGAUGGCCGCAUUGCAGCCCCAACGAGACACCAAAGCGAUGGCCGUCGCCCAGUUCCUCGCCGACCUUCACAUUGGGCUUGAUGAGGACGCGGGUAGCCUCUCUCUCCUGGUGUUAAACGUGGAGCGGCACUUUUCAGGACGGGGCAUCGCGGCCGAGCUAGUCCGCACCACGGAGGAACGUGCACGCCAACGCGGCCUGAAGGCCGUCACAGCCGACACGACCGGCGAGUUCAGCAAGAAGACGUUUGAGCGGCUCGGAUUCCGCGUGCUGCGCGAGCUCAGGUACGAGGACUACUCGGGCUGCACCUUGAGACCAGGGCCGGUGCACACCACUGCCAGGGUAAUGCUCAAGAAUCUCUAAAAAUCAGGGUAGCCGGUGCGUAUUUGGUGUCUAAUGUCUAUCGAUGUUUCGAUGGCGGCCGCAAAGUGGCGCCAAAGUAAAAAACGAGAAA